AAAUUACCUUCCAGCCCUUCCAUCUCUCUCUCCCUUAGAUCCGCCCCCAAUUUUCAAAACCCUAGCCUUCUUUCUCUCAAUUUUCUCUCUGAUUUUUUUCACAAUUGACUUUUGCUCCGAUUCAGGGUUACGUUCGUAGAAGCAACGCUCGGGAAUUAGCGCCGUUCCUUUUUAUUUUUUGCGGAGGAAUUUUUUCUAGGGUUUUUAGGGUUUGAAUCGAGGUGAUGAACAACAACAACAGAGGGAGGUACCCGCCGGGGAUCGGAGCCGGGCGCGGCGGCGGCGGAGGCAUGAAUGCGAACCCGCCGUUUCAGUCGCGACCGCCGCACCAGCAGCAGCAAUACGUACAGAGGAAUCUGUUGCCGAACCAACAGCAACAGCAGCAGUACUAUCAGCAACAGCAGCAGCACCAUCACCAACAGCAGCAGCAUCACCAGCAGCAGCAGCAGCAGUGGCUCAGGAGGGGCCAGUUGGGUGGCAGCACCAGUGCCGAUUCCGCCGUCGACGAGGUUGAGAAGACUGUGCAGUCUGAGGCCGUCGAUCCAAGUUCGCAAGAUUGGAAGGCAAGGUUAAAGAUUCCUCCAGCUGAUACACGCUUCAGAACAGAGGAUGUUACUGCAACUAAAGGAAAUGAGUUCGAGGACUACUUUUUGAAACGUGAGCUACUGAUGGGAAUAUAUGAGAAGGGAUUUGAAAGACCAUCUCCUAUUCAGGAAGAAAGUAUACCAAUUGCUUUAACUGGUAGUGAUAUUCUUGCUAGAGCUAAAAAUGGAACGGGGAAAACGGCUGCAUUUUGCAUUCCUGCUUUGGAAAAAAUUGAUCAAGAUAACAACGUAAUUCAAGUUGUUAUACUGGUUCCAACCCGUGAGUUGGCCCUUCAAACAUCUCAAGUCUGUAAGGAGCUAGGGAAGCAUUUAAAAAUUCAAGUUAUGGUUACUACUGGAGGUACCAGCUUAAAGGACGAUAUCAUGCGUUUGUACCAACCAGUUCACUUACUCGUUGGAACUCCUGGAAGAAUUUUAGAUCUUUCUAAGAAAGGUGUUUGCAUCUUGAAAGACUGCUCUAUGCUUGUUAUGGACGAGGCUGAUAAACUUUUGUCUCCGGAGUUUCAACCUUCAGUGGAGCAGCUUAUCCGCUUCUUGCCUUCAAAUCGGCAAAUUUUGAUGUUUUCAGCUACAUUUCCUGUUACUGUCAAGGACUUCAAAGAUAGAUAUCUGCACAAGCCUUACGUUAUCAACCUUAUGGAUGAGCUUACUCUAAAGGGUAUCACACAGUUCUAUGCUUUUGUCGAGGAGAGACAGAAAGUUCACUGCCUAAACACUCUUUUCUCCAAGCUUCAAAUAAACCAGUCAAUAAUAUUCUGCAACUCUGUGAAUCGGGUGGAGUUAUUGGCCAAGAAAAUUACAGAACUGGGCUAUUCAUGCUUUUAUAUUCAUGCAAAGAUGCUGCAAGACCAUCGUAACAGAGUAUUCCAUGACUUUCGUAACGGCGCAUGCAGAAAUCUUGUUUGUACUGACCUAUUUACAAGAGGAAUAGAUAUUCAAGCGGUCAAUGUUGUCAUUAACUUUGAUUUUCCAAAGAACUCAGAGACAUAUCUGCACAGGGUUGGACGAUCUGGAAGGUUUGGACACCUUGGUUUGGCUGUGAAUUUGAUCACCUAUGAGGACCGUUUCAACUUGUAUAGAAUUGAGCAAGAACUUGGCACUGAGAUCAAGCAAAUUCCUCCGCAUAUUGAUCAGGCAAUUUAUUGCCGGUGACUGGUGGUGGAAAUCUUGCUAUGCAGUCAAUGAUGGGGUAAAGGAGCUCCCCCGUUCACGAAGUUAUAACACUACGAUGGGAGGAAUACUAUUGGGAUUUAGGUUUCUGUUGGAUAGCUUAGUUGAUGCAUUGUCCCUUGAAUGCUUUUAUUACUGCUGAAUUUUAUAGCCGUGAAACAUUUGUUCAACCUGGAGAGUUCUAGAUUGGUCAAUUGGUUCCAGAUAGAUACUGGGUCCAGUUCAGCGCUGUUGUUUUUAUUGACAGACUGGUUUCUAGUACUUGGUGUUCGAGUUUGGCUACUGGCUGCCGUUGAACUUCUGAAGGAUAGCUUGUGCAAGCAGGAGAAAAUAAAAUAUGGGUUUCUUUACUGUGAGCCCUUGUCAGCUUGUUUCCUGCUCUAAGUAGUUAAUGUAUCUGACCUUGUUUGAAUUGUCACUCAUCUGCUGCUCCUUGAACUGAAUCUUUAACUUCUUUCUGUCGGAUAUAUUUAGUCAGUAACUUGUUGUUUGUGACAUUCUGUUCCUGUUUUUUAUGCUUGUUUACACUGUUUUCAUACUUCUUGGUUCCUAUCCCCUGCAAGAUAGGAAUCUCUCUUCAUUGUCUAUGCUCUAUAGUUUAU